CUAGCCAUGUACCUUCGUUCCAUAAUCUCCAUGCCUGCAAGGAUAUUCAUACAAAAUUAUCAGCUGUUCAGAUUUGCUGUCUAUCAAUCUGUGAACCAGAGUUUCGAAUUGGAUUGAGAUUUGCAGAAGCCUUACAGUUUCAUGAAUCAUUGUUGAGCUUGAACCAGCUCUAAUUGUAGGCGUCGGAGAACCCCAUGAGGGAAAUCAAGGUCCAGAAGCUCGUCCUCAACAUCUCCGUCGGCGAGAGUGGCGAUCGUCUCACCAAGGCCGCCGAGGUCUUUGGAGCAACUCACCAAGGCCGCCAAGAAUGAAAAACCCCUAUUAAUUAGCUGUCAGUGUUCUAUACUUGUCUACUCUACUCAUCUUGAUCGCUCAGUCUCAGACUCUCUAUACGACUAAUAAUUUUGGGUUCGACUAGUGGACCCGGAUCUGAUGAGAUACAUUGAUGAUAAAAUGGCCAAGUUCUAUAGAUCUUCAAGAAGAUUCACCUCUAGUAGGAGCAUCACAAACACCAGUGUCAACACUAUUGAAGAAAGCUUCGGAGGAUAUGAAUUCACCAAAUGUAAUGAAUAUUUCAAAGCACCAAAAAAAGCUUGUCAGAAGGGCUGAGAGGGCUGGUUACAAGGCAAUAGUCCUCACUGCUGACACUCCAAGGCUCGGGCGCAGGGACACUGAUAUCAAGAACAGGUUUACUAUGCCACCAAGUUUGACAUUGAAAAACUUUGAAAAUUUGGAUCUUGGAAAGAUUGAUGAGACCAAUGAUUCUGGAUUAGCAUCAUAUGUUGCUGGACUAUUUGCCCGCUCUCUCAGCUGGAAGGAUGUGAAAUGGCUUCAGUCAAUCACUACAUUACCAAUUCUGUUAAAGGGCGUAAUUACUGCUGAGGAUACAAGGUUAUGCAUACAAGCUGGAGCUGCAGGAAUAAUUGUAUCCAAUCAUGGAGCUCGGCAACUAGAUUAUGUCCCUGCAACUAUUAUGGCUUUGGAAGAGUGGGCGGUAAAGGAUCGGAAAUGGUAUACCCAACAACAACUUGACGAGGUGCGCAUUGAAGUAGCCGACUACUUACAGACUGCUGUAAAUUCUGACCAGUUUCUUGAUUUUGAGUUAGACUAG